CUCCUUGUAAACGCCUUUGUCCUUCUCAUUAGGAAAAAUAAUUCGGAGGAAGCACGGGAGGGGUACCUGUGUUGCUCCUCCGCUUCACCUGGAUUUUAGAUAAUUUAUAAACACUUAUAACCCCAUAGCCUGACGUUGUAAUCCUACCCGACAGGCCUACAGUAGGUCUGGAUCUAUAAUUGAUGCCAGCGGGACGGGGGCUAGCUAGCUUCAUCCUAAACUCCAGCUAACGACGCUAAAGAUAUUUGGAGAUCAGCGUCAAGAAUUCUUCUACAAAUCUUCAAAGAACAUUUUUACUCUGCAUUUUAAAGCCUGGCUAGCUACAAUUUUUAUUUUUAAGCAGGGUAUCCCCAACAAUGCACCGUAAAAAUCAACCAGAUCUUCCAAGCACAGGUGAAAACGGAGAAGAAAAUUAACAUGCAGACCUGAAACCGAAAUUAAAUCUUGCAUUGUGGACACAUUGAGAGUAACGCACAGAAGGAGGUACCCCUUACUAACGCCCUCUGGCUUUUCUGCGAGCCAAAGACGCCCUUUAACUGGCCUAAAUCUUGAACUAGUAUUACCACUUUCCCAACGACUGCCAGUACAUACUUGCAUUUGUUAAUUUUAUUGCGCUUAGUCUGGUUUCAAAUACAAAAAAUUGCCAUGACAGCUGUGGUGGGGAGAGCCUGGGGCUGGGUCCGCUCUUGGGGGAGUAAACCAGGGACUCAACAAGUCCCAGCAACUGUAAUAGUGGAGGAGAAGAAGCCUAGCAAAGGAUGGACAUCUUGGUUAUGGUUUUGGACGCGUAAAAGUGACCCAAACGGCAGCAGUCCCGUGGAGGAAUUCUGGGAGGCACCAGAAAAGAUCCAGCCAAUGGAAGUUGAGGAACUCAAAGCAGGAAGACAAGAGACUGAUGGGUCUCAGCCUAGAUGGUGGAACAGAUUACUUCCGACAUAUUACAUCUACUGGCCAAAGAAAGAAACAAUAGCGCAACCACAGAGGAAACGUCAAGAGUAUGACAUCUACGGAACCCCUCCACCUUCACCCACCCCGCCUGUCACCUCCCCAUUCCGACUUUUCGUCUCCAGCUGGAAAUUGGAAAUCAUCCCAGAGCAUUAUGACAUCUGCUUCAACUUCCUGCGUCAUCUUUUUGACCUAUUUGUGGUAGGAUUUCUAUGGACUGUCUCGACUCCUUCCAAGAUUGUUCUGGAGAUUUUGGGUGUCCAAGGAGCGAUGAGGUUAUGGUUUCACGGGAUGGCCAUGUUUUUCGUGGCCACUAUAGGCAUGGCGGGUUUACUGGGUUUGAUCCGGGAGUACCUGGCGCAGUUUACGCUGGUGUAUGGCAUCAUACAGGCACUGGUAAUCUCGGUGAGUGUGAAGCAGAGUGUGCUGUUUGGAGGGGUGGAAGAGGAGCAGAUGGAGGAGGAGGUGAAGGAAAAAGUGGAGGUGAAAAAGGACACUAAGGAGCACAGAGGAGGCGUGAAAGCAGUGUCCCCUAAAGAAAAGCUGAAGAAGAUAAGUUAAAAUUGGGAGAAGAAGUAUUUCCCUCAGCUGUACCAGACCUCCAUGUUCAGAGACUGCUCUAUCGCUACAUCCCUACAGUGGGACUAAAGACUAUAUUGCACAGAGACUUAUUGGAAUAUCUAAUUUAUGUCCACCACGAUAGUCCUGUAUCAUAGAGGCAUCAUUGCAUGACAUUCAUAUUGUCACCAGACACCAUGCACUGGGCAUCGUUCGUGUGCAUAUUUAUAAUCAGGGGUUAUGUGGGGCUAUUUCUCUUAAUAUAUUUGAAUGUUCUGGUAUGAAAGGAGUGUUAAUUGUUUGUUUUAUAUUACAAAUUGUUUUGCUGAUUGUCCGUGGAUUUUGCCCACAUUAGUUUCUGGCAAUGCUAUUUUAUCCAUGUAGCACAACCCACAGACAGAGAUUGCAUUUACCAGUUCAUGUUCUGCUUUGUUGCCAAACGAUAUUCAUUUUGGAAAAAGGAGUGAUCCUAAGAUAUAACCCUGUGGAAUGCCAUAAGGCCCUGUUUUGGAAUAUAUUGGAUCCAAGCCACAUAAAUGUAUAAAUACUGAUUCUUCAUGCAAAUAUUUACUUGCCCAAUCAUCUGGCAUCAGCUAAUUUUCUUUAGACAAACAAAAAACCUACAGUAGUUUAACACCAAAUAACACAAAAUUAUUAUAUUUAAAUUCAUUUCAGCGUGGUAUUAUUUAGCAGGAUUUAUUCAAAAUUAUCACUAAGUUAUAUAAAUUGGGUAUUUUAGAGUUUAUAUCCAUGCUGUAAUAUUUCCUCAACAAAAACAUGCCUGGCUUUCUUAUCAGGUUGAUCAGGAAGUGCUCCUGUUGUGCUUCUAACGUUUAUUCAUUUCCCAAACUGCGUGUUUUAGCCUUAUUUAAUUAGAUUGACACACCUCACUGAGAUAGUUUCUAUGCACUGUAAAAAGACUUUAGGAUUUAAAAUAAUUUUGAGAUUUGAACAAAAAUGCAGAGUUAUACUUCAGGAUUUGAUUUUUGAGAUGGUAUCAUAUGAUUUGUUGAAUAAAGGUUUUCAUUAUAAUAAUUUAUAGGUGCACUAUGUAUCUUUUCUGGCUGGGUGUAUCCAUGAUAUUGCUUUGUAUAGGUUCCACAGUAUGGCAUUAAACUUCUAUCUGGCAUUAAACUUCAAUCUGCCAUUUAGUCAACCACACGUGACUUGUAGAUUGGUUUAAUGGCAUUACCGAUUUGUUUCCAUGAUGAUAGAUUAGUUUAAUGCCUUACUGGGGAGCAUUCCAUGCAAAGCAAAAACAUCUCCAUGGAGACAAACAGGCAGCAGACCCUCACUAGAGAUGUUACAUAGUGUACCUUUAAGUCCUAUAUUGAUUAAUGCAACUUAGGAACUCUGUAGUUGGAAAGAAACACUAACGAGGGACAAAGUGCAACCUACAUUGUAAGUGCAAUGUAUUAAUCACUAAAGUGCUGUACAGCCAAAAAGAAUAUUGGAUAUACAGAUGGAAUGUACACCAUGCUACUAAGCUAGCUGUGUGUUUGUUAGCAUCUGGGCUCAUUGUUGUUGGACUCGUAAAGCCACUGCUAAUGUUUUAUAUAGCUUUUAUUAUUGUUUUGCCUUGAUUAUACAAAGUUACCGGGGUACAUUUUUCUAAAGGAGCUGUUGACGAUGUUCCAAGAUUUGUUCAGGCCUGUGCAAGUCGAAUGCUCAGUUAUUUCCAUGACAGCAAACUUGUAAUGUUUACAACCUCUUACAGUUCAGAUGACAUGCAGCCUUCUAAACUGUUUAAUUCCAGAUUGUAAAAUUUUGGAUUUUUGUGAUUUUAUGUGCCAUAUUAUUUCAUGAAUGUGGAGAUACCAAUAGUGUAUAACACCUGUAAACAAGGGCACAAUGUUGAAGUGACUAAAAUGUUUUUCAGUUUGUAAAGUUCAUAAGGUUUGCUCAUUUUAAUUUCUCUGUAGCAUGCCUGAACCGUUUCAACAAUACAAUUUUCACUACAUUUUGUAAUGUUAAUAUGGAAGUCUAUGAGUGACAUUGACACAGCAAAUUAUACACAAACUGACAAUUAAGUAUUCAUAACACUGCAUUUUAACCCUGUUAACUGUUUAACACAGUUUUGGCCUUUUUUCUCUUUGUUUAGUAGGUUCCGAGUUCACCUUCAUCAGAAAAGGGAACUGGGAAAAGAAAAAUUCUGAAUCUUAUGAAGUUUGCCUGAAAUAUUCCACAGUAUGGCCUUUAACGGUACAAAUAUUUAUUCAAUUACAGUUUUUUGUUGCU